AUGGGUUCCCAGAUUUGCACUAGAUUCGACCAUGAAUCAGACAAUCUUAUGAGUGUUUGCAGUAAAUUUUCAAGUAUUGGUUGCGAUGACUUGACCGAAUCUCUUCUGGAGACAAAACUGCAAACGUUAGAAGAAGAUUGGCAAUCGCUGGCCAAUGAAGGCGUUUAUUUGGCGGAUGAGGGAGUAGUCAAUGUAAAGUUCAAGGAAGAUGCGAAAUCAAAGUUUGAAAUUUGUAGGGAUAGAUAUCAGGAAACUAAGGCUGAAAUGAUGGAUUUUAUUAAAAUUUCUAAGGCAUCAGCCGAAAAUGCUAAAAGAGAAAGUGGACCCGCUCACUCCUCUGCAAUUGAUCCAUCUAGUUACUAUCCCAUGAACAUAACGUAUGAGGCACCAGAUAUGGGUAUCAGCGUCCCACCGUGCGAUGCACCCGACUUUCAUGGCUCCUAUGAAGAGUGGCCUUCAUUUAGAGAUAUGUUCAGUGCUGUAUACAUUAGCAAAGUAAGAAUGCCGGACGUUCAAAAGUUAUUGUAUUUAAGAAGAAAGGCAAAAGGUGAAGCAAGCUCUAUUGUAAAUAAAUAUCCACUAACGAACGAAGGUUUUUCAUUGGCAUGGAGUGCUUUACGAGCACGAAAUUCCACAGUGAACGCUUUUCAUGCGGAGCCUGUAAAUAUUGUUAAUGACCAAAUAAAGGAAAAUUCAGUUUCAUCAGAAGAGUCAUGCGAUCCCGGAUCGUCAAGACAGGCAAUGAGGACAAAUACACAUUUGUCGGUAAAUCAAGAUGAAAUUUUACUUCCAACAGCUCUUGUUCAAAUUCUACAUUGUGGUGAGCCAUUCACAAUCAGAGCUCUGAUAGAUUCAGGUUCAAAGAGAUCUUUCUUGACUCGUAGAAUUACUAAGAGAUUAAAUAUGAAGACUGAAAAUGCGAAUUUCGAAAUUUGCGGUUUGGGGGGUACUGUAGUAGCGAAUGCUGAUAAAGUAAGCACCAUUACUUUAUACGACAAACAGCAUGACUUUAAACUAAAUGCUAGUGUCAUAAUUGUUUCCAAUUUGACUAAUUUAAUGCCGAGCAGUACUAUAUCAAUUUCUGAUCUUUCCGAGAUCAAUGAUUUAAAACUAGCUGACCCAAACUUCUUGCUUUCUCCACAAAUUGACAUGCUCUUAGGAAGUGAUAUAAUACCUCACAUUGCUCUUGAUGGUUUAAAGAAAAAUAUUUUAGGUAAUCUGAUUGCUCAGAAUUCAAUUUAUGGCUGGUAUAUUUACGGUCCAUUGAAAUUGCACACUAUUUCACUAACAGCCAUAGAUCACAUUCCUAAGGAAAACGAGGCGGAAAAUAUUAGUUCGAUUUUAAAGAAAUUCUGGGAAUUAGAAGAAAUUCCACAUAUGAAACCACAUUCAGAAGCAGAUCACUUCUGUGAAAUAUUGUAUAACGAAACUACUUAUCGUCAACCAGAUGGUAGCUACGUGGUUAAACUUCCAUUUAAAAGCGAAUUUCCAAAGGCUGUGUUCUUACAGUCAUCACGAUAUAUUGCUAAGAAACAAUAUUUACAUAUUGAAUCAAAGCUAGAAAAGAAUAAGGGACUUAUGGAAGUUUAUAGUGAUAUAUUGAAUGAAUAUAUUUCUCUUGGUCACAUGAAAAAAUCAAGUUCUCAAGAAAUUUAUAAUGACGGAAAGUUCUUUUCCUAUUAUUUACCACAUCAUGCCGUUUUUAGACCCGAAAGUGCUUCAACAAAGGUUCGUGUCGUUUUCAACGGAUCACGAAAAACGAAAGGUUCAUUUUCUUUGAAUGACGUUCUCCACGUCGGACCAACAUUACAAGCUGAUCUAAUGACGAUCAUUUUAAAUUGGCGUUUAUAUAAGUAUGUCUUCAAUGGGGACAUUGAAAAAAUGUAUCGCCAAAUAUUGGUUCAUGAAUCUGAUCGUCCGUAUCAAAGAAUAUUGUUUAGAAGAACUAAUUCUAGUCCAAUUGAAGAUUUUGAAUUAACAACAGUAACUUUCAGUAUAGGAUGUGCUCCCUAUUUGGCUAUUCGCACUCUUUUGCAAUUAGCGUCAGAUUCGGAAAAGGAUAGCCCUAUGUCUUCAAGAAUUCUGAGAAAAGAGACAUAUGUUGACGACAUAUUAUCAGGGGGCCAUUCUUUGUCAUCUGCUAUGGAAGCUCAAAAACAGCUGAUUUACACUUUAAAAUCAACUGGUUUCCCUUUAAAGAAAAUAACAGCAAAUCAUCCUGAUUUAUUAGCUCAGAUUUCAUCUGACAAUUUAUUAGACGCUGAAUUUUUGAAAUUAUACGAUUCAAGUUCAACAAAAACAUUGGGGAUUCGUUGGAAUGCUAUAAGCGAUUCCUUCUCUUAUAAAGUACAAGAAUUGCCCUUUAAUUCCUCAGCAACAAAAAGGCAGAUUCUUUCCACAAUUGCUAAACUUUUUGACCCCGCAGGAUGGCUUACGCCAAUUAUUAUUCAAGCCAAAAUUCUUUUACAAGAAUUGUGGCAAGAUGGGGUUGGCUGGGAUGACAAUGUUAAACCGCAAUUUCUUGCCAAGUGUAACAUUUUUACUGAUAGUUUGUCGACUAUAGAAUCCAUUACAAUUCCUAGGUGGAUUAACUACCACCCACAACACAAUAUCCAGAUCCACGGAUUCUGUGACGCCUCAGAGCAGAACAUUUUUACUGAUAGUUUGUCGACUAUAGAAUCCAUUACAAUUCCUAGGUGGAUUAACUACCACCCACAACACAAUAUCCAGAUCCACGGAUUCUGUGACGCCUCAGAGCAGGCUUAUUGCGCUACAUUAUAUGUAGUAUCAGAAAACUCCGGCGUUAGAUAUUCACAUCUAUUAGCUGCGAAAAGCAAAGUUGCCCCCUUGCAACGGAUAAGUUUACCUCGUCUUGAGCUAUGUGGAGCCCUACUACUUUCGAAGCUCGUAAGGCGAACACUUUUAAAUCUACCUUUCAAUAGUCCUACACUUUACUUAUGGUCUGAUUCAACAAUUGUGCUUGCCUGGCUACAAAAACCUCCAGCAGUUUGGAAAUCGUAUGUAGCAAAUAGGACAACUCAAAUUAUUGAAAAUGUUGGUAAUGCCAUCUGGAAUCACGUUCCAACGGAUCACAAUCCAGCUGAUCUUGGCACACGCGGUUGUAAGCCACAAGAUCUUGUGGCCAACCCAUUGUGGUGGCACGGACCAAAAUGGCUCUUGGACUCCCGAGACCACUGGCCCGAAUCCAACGUCUUGCCGGAAGUUAUUCACGAAAGAAGACAGAUUGAUGUUUAUUCUUUAAUACCGGCUGACCAUAAUUUAAUAGAUAAAUUCUCAUCUCUUCCUCGAGCUCUAGCAGUCCUAGCUUAUGUUCUCAGGUUCAUUAAUGCAACCAGAAACAAAGGUACAAAGGCUCAGUAUUCAAGUUGGACUCUCAGUCAUGCUGAACUUAAUGCAUCUAAAAUUAUGUUAAUAAAAUUAACUCAAAAGAUUUACUACACUAGUGAAUAUCAUCAACUCUUGGACUCAAAAUCUAUUUCAAGAAAAAGUUCUCUACUUACUUUAAAUCCAUUUCUGGAUUCUACCGGAGUUAUGCGAGUUAACGGUAGAUUAGCAAAUUCAUCUUUGACCUAUGAUGAAAGGUAUCCUAUAAUUAUACCAAACUCGUCCAAUUUCUGUAAAAUAUUUCUCGAUUUUACUCACAAGACUUUAAUGCAUGCUGACAUUUCUCUUAUGAUGAAUGCAUUACGAAGCCAGUUCUAUAUCCCAGGACUUAAACGAGCAGUAAAGAAAUGUGUUCACCAUUGCUUAAUAUGCGUUCGUUAUAAGCAGCAAGUUAAGUCCCAGAUUAUGGCUGCUCUUCCCAUAGAAAGAUGUUCAUUUUCCUUACCUUUUACAUAUACUGGUGUCGAUUUCGCUGGCCCAUUUCAAAUAAAGUCAGGAAAUGUUCGAAAUUCUCCCUACCUAAAAGGAUAUGCCUGCGUGUUUGUAUGCUUUUCAACAAAAGCCAUUCAUCUCGAAGCAUGCUCCAGUUUAUCCUCUGACGCAUUUCUUGCAGCGUUCGCCAGGUUCAUAGCUAGAAGAGGUCUUCCAAAAUGCAUUAUGUCCGAUAAUGGUACGAAUUUCAUCGGUGCAAGUCGAUCUUUACGGAAGGAGUAUUCUUUAUUUCUUAAAAGAUCAUCUAAAUCUAUUACCGAGAAAUAUGCAAUUUUGGGAUUCGAUUGGAAGUUUAUUCCACCCAGCGCUCCGCACAUGGGAGGUCUUUGGGAGGCCGGAGUAAAGAGUUUUAAGUUACACUUCAAAAAGGUAACCGGAGCUCAAAAGUUCAAUUUUGAAGAGUUUUCAACUCUUCUGGCUCGAAUUGAGAGUGUGCUCAACUCCAGGCCCAUAUCCCCAAUGUCUGAGGAUCCCGAAGAUCUUCAAGCCCUAACUCCAGGGCACUUUCUAAGAGGAGCUCCAUUAUUAUUCGCUCCUGAACUACCUGCAGACAACAUUUCGAUUAUUAACAGAUGGGAGCGGCUCAAGGCUUUCCACCAUCGUUUCAGUCAACGAUGGAAAACUGAAUAUCUCCAUGAGCUUCACAAGCGUUAUAAAUGGAAACAUCAACAACGAAAUCUGCAGAAAGGUGAUUUCGUCAUUAUCAAAGACGAGCUCCUCCCACCAUGUGAAUGGAAAAUGGGAAGAAUUGAAGAAGUUCAUUUAGGAAAAGAUAAGCGCGUCCGCGUUGCUGACAUUCGAACAGCAUCUGGUACCAUUACUAGACCAGUAGUAAAACUUUGCAUGCUUCCGUUAUGUGAUAAGUCAGUAGAUUGA